AUACUAACUUUCCAAAAAGCCCCUUACCAACCUAAACUCAUCAUGCCUCCUAGAAGACAAAAUCCUCCUCGUCAACGAGCUGUUCGGGACAUAGAAAUGGAAGAACUACGUCAACAAAUUCAAAGGCUUCAAGAAAGACUCGAAGCUUUUGAAAGACAACAAGCUCAACACCCGCAAGGCGAACCAUAUGAGUCAGAAGAAGAUACUGACGACGAGAAUCCUUUCCAUCACCUAAGGGAUAAUGAAAGCUCAUCAUCAACAGAAAACGUUCGUUGUCGACGACGUCCCAAACAAAAUGCUGCUCCCAAAUCCACUGACCUUGGCAUCAAAAUUGAUAUUCCAGAUUUUGAAGGUCGCCUUCAACCAGAUGAAUUUAUCGACUGGUUGCACACUGUGGAGCAUGUGUUUGAACUCAAGGAUAUUCCUGACGACAAGCGUGUGAAGAUUGUCGCCAUCAAAUUAAAGAAGCAUGCAUCCAUUUGGUGGGAGAAUCUCAAACGCAGUCGAGAAAGAGAAGGCCGCAACAAAAUUAGAACUUGGGAGAAAAUGCGUCGGGAACUCACUCCCUCCGACUGUCCAAAUAGGAGAGUUGUCACCAUUAUUGGAGGAAAAAUUCAUGAAGCCUCAGAAGAUGAAGCAGAAAAGGAGCAAAAUGAUGAAACUGAGUCAUCCCAGCUUGAGGAAGAACUCACCCCAGUUGACCAUGGAGAAUCUUUGGUUGUGCGUCGUAGUCUACAUGCUACCAUAACCAAGGAUGAAGAUUGGCUUCGACAUAACAUCUUUCACACCAGAUGCACUUCUCGAGGGAAAGUCUGCAAUGUCAUCAUUGACAGUGGAAGUUGUGAGAAUGUUGUGUCAAAUUACAUGGUUGAGAAGCUAGGUCUGCCUGUCAAAGAUCAUCCCCAUCCAUACAAGUUACAAUGGCUACGAAAGGGAAACGAGGUAAAAGUAACCAAACAUUGCCUUGUCUCUUUUUCUAUUGGUAAUAGGUACCAAGAUGAAGUAUGGUGUGAUGUAAUUCCUAUGGAUGCUUGUCACUUGUUACUUGGUCGCCCUUGGCAAUUUGACCGAAAGGCUAUCCAUGACGGCCAUGCCAACACCUACUCGUUUGUGAGAGAUGGUGUGAAGGUCAAGCUCACUCCUUUGAAGCCUGAAGAAACACUUGAAAAGAAAGAUGAGGACAAGGCUUUAAUCUCCAGAUCAACCUUUCAGAGGUUGCACCAAGAGUCGGGGAUAGCAUGUCUCCUACUAUUAUCCAAAGUAAAUGAUGCCACCUGCCCUUUUCCAGAAGAAAUUCGAUCUUUCCUUGAAGAAUUUUCUGAUGUUGUUCCUGACGAGAUCCCUCCUGGAUUACCACCAAUGAGAGACAUUCAGCAUGCCAUUGAUUUCAUCCCAGGAUCUGUCAUUCCAAACAAGCCUGCUUAUCGGAUGAAUCCUCAAGAGUAUGAAGAACUUCAACGACAAGUCAAAGAACUGAUGGAGAAAGGACUUGUCAAGGAAAGUGUUAGCCCAUGUGUCGUGCCUGUGCUACUUGUCCCAAAAAAAGACGGAACUUGGAGAAUGUGUGUAGAUAGUCGAGCCGUCAACAAAAUCACUAUCAAGUACCGCUUCCCAAUUCCACGUCUUGAUGAUAUGCUUGAUCAAUUGCAUAGAGCUACUGUCUUCUCAAAGAUUGAUUUGAGAAGUGGAUAUCACCAGAUUCGAAUGCGUCCCGGUGAUGAAUGGAAGACAGCAUUCAAAACUAGAGAUGGUUUGUACGAGUGGACGGUUAUGCCAUUCGGAUUGUCAAAUGCUCCCAGCACUUUCAUGCGCCUUAUGAACCAGGUAUUUCGACCCUUCAUUGGGAAAUUUGUUGUGGUUUACUUUGAUGAUAUCCUGUGUGACAUUUCUUGGAUACAUCAUCACUGCUCAAGGUAUCAAGAUGGACCCCAUGCCGAUGCUGAACAACGAGCCAAGGAGAUCAAGAAACUUCAUGAAGAAGUUCAUGAGAAGCUACAACGUCAAACCAUUAGGUAUAAGGCUUAUCAUGACAAGCACCGAAAGAAGGUUGUGUAUAAAGAAGGAGAUUGGGUUUGGAUACACCUUCGAAAGGAAAGGUUUCCUAAUCAACCUAAUGUCAAACUCUCCCCUAGAGCAGAUGGUCAUUUUCAGAUAGUGGAGAAAAUCAAUGAUAAUGCCUACAAGAUCAAACUUCCAGGUGACUAUGGAGUCUCUGCUACUUUCAAUGUAGCUGACCUAUCUCCUUACUAUGAGGAUCAUGAGCAAUGAACUCAAACUCGAGGACGAGUUUUCUCCAACCAGGGGAGAAUGCACCGGGAGAAAGUACCUACAAGCAUGCAGAAGCUACUCUACAACACCACAAUAGGUUGGCAACUUUGUCAACAUAGCCAUUAAUUCCAACUGCUAACUCCCAACUGCAUUUUACUUUUCAUUUAUUGCCUUUCAAUAGAUUUGGCCUAUAGAUAGCCAUGCUCUCACCAUUGUAUGCAUAAGUUUUAUCAGUUAAUGAAAUUUCAAUUUUCCU